AAGAAGAAGAAGAAGAAGACUCCGAGCUGUCCGACUUCAGAGCACAGGAGAAUGCUGGGCACAACAUAAACCCCAUGGAUAAUAUCUCCAACUCCUUCACUACCUCAAAGUGUGAAUCCUUCCUCUCAUUCCUCCAAAGCAAAAUUGAAAUAAUACACAGCAACAUAGCCAACUCCUCCGUCUCGUCCACCACCCAUCCUUUUCCGGAACCUGCCUACCCUCCUCCUUCCAGGCACCCUUUUACAGCCUUCAGACAAAUUACCUCACUGGACAUAGUUGCCCAAGUCACCGGCAUGAAUACCUCAACUUCCAUCCUGGACCCCAUGCCCUCCACCCUUGUCAAGGCCUGCCUCCCCCAACUCACUCAUCUUAUCACCACAGUCAUUAACUCCUCUCUGUCCACUGGACUCGUCCCCCCUGAUCUGAAACUCGCUGCUGUCACUCCCAUACUCAAAAAAUCUGGUCUCAACCCUGAUUCCCUCAAUAACUACCGGCCCUGUCAAAAAUUCUGGAGCGAACUGUUGCCUCCCAAAUCCCGUCUGGACUGCAAUAACCUUCAUGAACCUUUUCAAUCUGGUUUCCGUACUCACCACAGCACAGAAUCUGCCCUACUCAAGGUGACCAACAACAUUCUCCUCUCUGCUGACUCUGGUUCCCUCUCGAUUCUCAUUCUCCUUGACCUAACAGCCGCAUUUGACACGAUCAACCAUUCCAUCCUCAUCAACCGCCUUCCAUUGGCAUUACCGGUACUGCCCUCUCCUGGUUUAAAUCCUAUCUCUCUGACAGACAUCAAUUCAUCUCCAUUUCAACUCCAAAUCCUCCACAGCCCCCGUCAAUCAUGGCGUCCCUCAGGGUUCUGUACUUGGUCCCCUUCUGUUCAUCAUCUACAUCCUCCCAAUUGGACAAAUCCUCCGUCAACACCAACUCCAGUUCUACUGUUAUGCUGAUGACACACAGCUCUACCUCUCAACAAAAUCAAUUUCUCCAACCACACACUACCAGCUCAGCACCUGCCUCACUGACUUUAAAAUUGGUAGCAAAACAAUUUUCUAAAACGUAACUGUGACAAAUCGGAACUUAUAAUCAUUGGCCCAAACUCACUUACCCGCUCAACCCAAGAUUUUUCUCUUACCAUCGAUGGCUCCAUUGUCAACCCCUCCACUCACAUCCGUAACCUUGGCAUCAUCCUCGACCCCACCCUCACUUUCCUCCCUCACGUCAACCAGGUCACAAAAUACGCAUUCUUCCAUUUAAAGAACAUCGCCCGCAUU